CACGCCCUCCCUGUCCCUCCGAGCCACCCGUAGCGGCCGCGCGUCAUCCCGGGGGCGGCACCGGGAGGUGGCACCGGCACCGGCGGGUCCGAAAAAUGCUGAGAAGCCUGAAAGGACUGGCCUGCCGCUCGCUGAAGCUGGAGCAGGGCUAUGGCCUCCCCACAGCAGCCAAGGAGUGCCUGAGCUCCGUUGCCAGCCAGGAUGUCCCGACCCCGCAGAGGCCCCGAGCGGUUUUCCACACCAGCGAGAGCGACCCGGCCAAGCACACGGAGCAGCACGAGGGUCGGCACUACAACAUCCCCCUGGAGGAGGUGAAGGCCGUGUUCCCACAUGGGCUCCCCUACCGCUUCCAGCAGCAGAUCCAGACCUUCAACGAGGCCUGUGUGAUGGUGCGCAGGCCGGCGCUCGAGCUCUUCGCCUACCUGAGGGGCACCAACCUCGCCCAGCCCGUGGUCAGAUACGUCAUCUAUGGUGAGAGGGGAACAGGGAAGACCAUGACCCUGUGCCACGUGGUUCACUUCUGCUCCAGGCAAGGCUGGCUGGUGCUGCACAUCCCCGACGGUGAGAACAGCAGGGUCCCCUCUGUCCCCUCACCAAACACCUGCUGCUCCGGGAGAUGCUGCUCCCAGGGAAAGCUGUGGGCUGGGGCCACACUCUCAGGGUUUGUUUCUGCCCUGCCUUUCUUUCAGAGUGGGGGGGCUGUUGUGACCACCCUCAGCCAGACGGGCUCGCUCUUCAAACCCAGCUCUGCCUACCUGCCCCAGGAGCUGCUGGGCAAGGAGGGGUUUGACGCCCUGGACCCCUUCGUGCCCAUCCUGGUGCCCAACUACAGCCCCCGGGAGUUCGAGAGCUGCUACGGGUACUAUCUGGAGCGCAAGUGGCUGCAGCACGAGCAAGCUCGCACGGAGGACGGGAAGGCGGAGCUGCAGUUCCUGAGCGGCUCCAACCCGCGGCAGCUGGACCGGCUGGCGGGGCCCCUGUAGGGCAGGAAUGGGCUGGGACCCUUCCCCUGCCCCCAGCGCGGCGGGCGGGGGGGCUGCUCCUGCUCCGCGGGUGAAAUCUCCCCUCCCGCUGAUCGCUGCACAAAUUUGGUAUUAAACAACGGCCUUUCCC